AUGGUGCACUGCACGGAGGUUAUCAAAUUCACUGAGGCUCACCCAGGCAGAUCCGCAAAGGCUCCCUGGGUCGCGGGCUUUGCCCAGCAGGCCCGUGCCCUAGUCACGAAGCUGCUGGAUAGCCGAUUCCGUGACGCGGUAGCCGGUGACCACAGCACGCAGAACAGGGCCCCCGGCACGAAUGGCGCGGAAGCCGGCGAGCAUGGCUCGGCCACCUCCUCAUCCAUGACUCCCGGGGCCCGGGGGGUCCUUGGCUGGACCCAGCAGGUGCCAAGCAACCCAUCAUCUUCCUCCCCUGAACGUCACCUCCCUCCCUUAUUGCCCCCCUCCUCUCCCCCCGCCGCACCCCCCCGCAAUGACGAGAACCGCAUCCGGAUUCGGUGGCGCGGGCAUGGAAACGGCCCGGCCGCUAGCCCCUAUAAGCGAACUGCCGCUACGGCAAUCGUGAAUGAGAUACAGGGAAUUCUCUCCCGCAGCAGCCUCCCUGGCCUAGCCAGCGUGCAGGUAGCUGGGGCCCAGGUGCUUCGUAGCGGCGAUCUUGAUGUACCGGGAGCGCAUGAAGAGGCCUGGCUCCGGGCGUUGCCUAAGGGCGAGCAUGCCCAGAUCACCAAUCACCAGUACGCUGUCCUCGUCCACCAUGUCCCCAUUACCUAUCUCCCCUCCCAGAGCGCGGUGGAACGCCUCCAGGAGAAGAUCUUGCACUGCAACCCAGCACUCCGCGGCCCCAUAUUGCAUGUGGGCUGGUGCGGGAAUGACGCUGCGGCCCGACAGAGCAAGCAGAUAUCUUCCCUGGUGGUCUCCUUCCGGGAUGCGCAGUCAGCGAACCAUGCCAUUCGGAACCGAAUCUUUCUGGAUGGCACUCCGCUGCGCACAGAACUAUUUGACCCGCUCUGCCGGCUCCUACAGUGCACCCGAUGCCUAAAUUAUGGACACGCCCAGCCCGUUUGCACAGCUGAAAGAGUUACAUGCCUGUAUUGUGCUAACGCCCACGACAAGAAAUUCUGCAAGGUCAAAGGGGUCCCUUCCCAACACCGCUGCGCCGUCUGCCAUGGCCCUCACCAGGCCGACAGCAAGCAGUGCCCUGUACGCCAACAUGAACACCGACUAUCCCAUGCUCGACUACGAAACCGACCCCAAUUCUUCGCCAGCCCGCCCCAGCCAGCCGACCCGGCCCCGCUACAGCCACCUGCGCCACCGCACAGCACAGCCAGCACGGGGCCCUCCGGGCCUGAGAAGCCCGAAACGAUCGGCACGCCAUUACCGCAUCCAGAAGACACGCGUCAACUGGCCGGCCAGCCACUGUCACCAGUCGACGCAACCAAAACAACAUGCUCUCCCGCAAAGGCCCCCAUCCACCCAAUAAUUGAUGUUAGCCGCCAUCCAUUACUACGGCUGCAGCCAUCCCACUCCAUGCAAACUCGCUCGCGAAGCACCUCACCAAGGCGCCCCCAGCAAGCAAUAACUGCCCCAGCGCCUGCGGCAGAGCCAGCACCUUCGCCGCAGCAGCUGCCCACGUACGACACCAAUUUCUAUAUACCAGUGCCGACACCACCGCAGUCUGACGGCACCGACACCGGCACCAGCACCCCUAAACAGACAGUUAUCUCGGCUUCCCCGCCCCCGUCACUGCUCUCUAACCCGGCCCGACGUGUCCCUGGACUCUCCUCCCGCACGUCAAACACAUCAAGCCUCUCAGCCCUUUCGCAGACACCGUCACUACCGAGUGACCUCACCUGGGAGGUCCCCGGGCUACCAGCUAAACGGAAACGUGGCCACCCCCGCAGCCGCUCCGGUCACUGUCGGCCUGCCCCGAGCGCCCAGAGCACCCCGGAUCCACUUGACACUCCUGUCACCCCUAUCGCCGCGCCAAAACGUCACAAAAUAUCCACCAAAACCUAUGACACGGAAGACGACUGCACUACGCAGGCCUAA